AUGUCUAGUGAGCGUGACCUGUUCCCCAGCGUGGUGCCGCUGAACGUGGGCGGCGCGAGUUACGCCGCGACCCUGCAGACGCUCCGGCGCCGCCCGGACUCGCUGCUCGGGCGGAUGUUCUCUGCCGGCCCGGGCAGCCUCAGCGCGCCGCCACGGGACGACACCGGCAGGUACUUUCUAGACCGGGACGGGGCGCUGUUCCGCUUCGUGCUGGACUUCCUCCGCACGGACCAGCUGCUGCUGCCGGCCGGCUUCCCGGAGAAGGAGCGGCUCCGGGCCGAGGCGGAGCACUUCCAGCUGGGGGAGAUGGUGGCCGCGCUGGCCAAGCACACGGGCGGCCCCGCUAAACAGGACGGCAAGAAGCCCGGCUUCAUCACCAUAGGCUACUGCGGCACCUUCGCAUUCGGGCCCAACGGCGUGACGGACGUCAAGUUCCGCAAGCUGGCGCGCAUCUUCGUGUGCGGGAAGGUGAACGUGGCGCGCGAGGUGUUCGCGGACACGCUGAACGAGUCUCGGGACCCGGACCGCGGCAUGCCCGACCGCUACACCUCCCGCUUCUACCUGAAACACACAUACCUGGAGCAGGCCUUCGACAUGCUUGCGGAGGCUGGGUUCCGCCUGGCGUCCGCCGCUGCUAACGGGACGGCGUACGGCAGCGUGCAGUCCGGACCCGGCAGCACGGGCGGCGUGCACGAGGCCGAGCGCGCCUGGAGCCACUACAACGAGUUCGUCUUCCAAAGGGAAUAGGACUAACA